AUGCAUGCAGAUGGAGCAUCUUUUGCUGGUGAGAAUGCAUGUCCAGCUGACAAUGCUGAUUAUUCGAAUGGUAAUGAGCAUGGGAAUAGAGAAGAAGAUAAAUAUGAAGAAAUUAUUGAGUCUGUCCUGAAUCCAGAGGAACCUACUGCUGAAGAAAUUGAAAUGGACAGGAUGUUUGCAAACAAGAAGUAUCCAACAAUGCAAGAAAUAUCAGAGGCAUCUACUCCAACAGUUGGGAUGGAAUUCGAUUCAAAAGAGGAAGCAUUCUUCUUCUUUGCAGUGUACGCAAGAAGGGUUGGAUUUGCAAUUAAAAAGGACACCUCCUACGAGUCUAAGAAAACAAAUGAAAUAUCAAGGCAGACAUUUGCAUGCAACAGGUGCCGUGACGAUACAUACGUUGACAGUGCACUCAGACAAAGACGGACUUCCAGGAUUGUGCAGACAAAAUGCCAAGUCAGAAUGUUUGUGAAGGAAUACAGAGGGAAGUGGUCAAUAACUAACAUAAGACUUGAACAUAACCACAGUCUAGCUCCGUCAGAGUGGAUCGUAAGGUUCAUGAAGUUUCACAGGUCAAUGUCUGCCUCAGACAAGACUCUAAUCCACAUCCUACAGGAGACAAGAGUCCCACCAAGGAACAUAAUGAAAAUAUUCAGGAAGACAAGGGGGAGCUUCAGGGCGGUUCCGUUUGAUACAAAAAACCUAGAAAACGAGCUAGCAAAAGAAAGAAAGAAAAUGAAGAACAUGGACAUUGAAGAGCUACUGGUACUAUUCAAGGAAGCACGUGAAAAGAUGCCUGGUUUCAAACAUUCAAUUGAUGUUGACAGCGAUAAUAGAGUGAAAAGCUUAUUUUGGACAUACCAAAUAGGGAGGGCCAACUACUCAAAGUUUGGUCAAUUUGUAUCAUUUGAUACAACAUUUUCAACCAACCAGUAUGGGAUGCCAUUUGCCCCAAUAAUAGGGGUUGAUAACUAUGGCAAAACAGUCGUGUUUGGAGUAGGAUUGCUGGAGGAUGAGAGAGCAGACACUUUCAAGUGGCUGUUCGAGGAAUUCCUGUCUGCCAUGGACAACAAGCACCUAGAGACUAUAAUAACAGACCAAGACGUUGCAAUGAGGAUUGGAAUAUCAAAAGCACUACCUUACACAGUCCACCGUUUCUGCAACUUUCACAUCAGCAAGAACAUGGACGACAAGUUGUCCCUAUUCUUUGCAGUAAGAGGGACUCUAAAGGAAGAACUAAGAGCAGUUAUAAGGAAUUCAUUUACUCCAGAGGAGUUUGAAACUGAAUGGCAUGAUCUGCUAGAGCGUCAUAAUGCUUUGGGAGAGCCACAUCUGGACAGGAUAUAUGAAAUCAGAGAUCAGAAAGACUCAAUUGGAACAUUCUUCAAGGAAUAUAUGAUAAUACAAGAAAAGAAACAGUCCGACCUAGAUCGCCUUAGAGAGAAAAGUGAGUUCAAGGAGUCUACAAACUGGGGAUACAACCCUAUUAAAAGAGAAGCUAUGAAAAUCUACACAGACCCAAUAUACGGCAAAUUUGCUGAAGAGCUAAGGAAGGGUACUGCUUACAAUGUUGAAGUUGAGGAAGAAAACAGAUUGUACAGAGUUAUUAGGUUGACUAACUAUAGGAAUGCAGAGUUCCCCAGAUCAACAUAUAUGGUUAGUAUUUCCCCUGAUGAGGAUGUAUACAAAUGCUCGUGCUCAAAAAUGGCUCGUGAUGGAAUACAAUGCUGCCAUGUCAUGAGGGUAGCUACUCAUAUUGGUUUGACUGACCUUCCUGUCAGUUUCAUCAACCCUAGAUGGACUACUGCAGCUGGGAUAGAGGUAGCAAGAUUGACGGAGAGAAGAAGCAAUACAGCAUCACAGAAUACACACUUGGCUGUUAGACACGCAAUUGAAAUGAGCAAAAUAUCACACAUACUCUCUACUGUCUGCACAGAUGAUAGGUCAUACGACUUGUUUGCUGAAGGAGUUGUUGAACUGAAGAAAGCUAUAUGCAAAGAUGCAAUUGAAUGA